CGUCGCCCAUGUCACAUUUUCUCGGGUUCCGUCCACAGCAAUCAUGGCGUUCGUGUCGGCUCGUAUCGGUGUGUCCUCGACGUUGAAACGCGUCAAAUUCUGUAGCCCAGCUGCCUUGUUUAGUGCCGUCUCGACCAGCCACUAUGCUACAGCCCAUACACCAAAGUCAAGCACUGGUCAAAGAAACAUUGUCCUGGUGGAAGGCGUGCGAACACCAUUCCUAGUCUCUGGCACCAAGUACAAUAACUUGAUGCCUCAUGAUCUUCAGAGAGCUGCCUUCUUAAAUCUGCUGAGAAAGACUGGCAUUCCCAAAGAAUCGAUCCAGUACAUUGUUUCGGGCAGCGUUAUAGCUGAGCCAACAACGUGCAAUGUUGCCAGGGAGGCUGCACUGUGCGCUGGGUUCUCGGACCGAACCCCCUGCCACACGGUCACCAUGGCGUGCAUCUCUUCGAACCAGGCAAUCACCUCGGUGAUGGGACUCAUUUCAUCCGGUGCCAUUGACGUGGGCAUUGCUGGCGGAGUGGAGUUCCUCUCGGACGUUCCCAUUCGCCUGAGUCGUAAACUGCGCAAGCUGCUCCUGUCGGCCAACAAGGCCAAGACUCCCAUGCAGAAGCUUGCUCUCUUUGCCAAGUUCCGGCCAAGCAUGCUCAUGCCAGAGCUUCCGUCAGUUUCUGAGUUCACAAGCAAGGAGGUGAUGGGUCAUUCGGGUGACCGGCUGGCCGCUGCGUUUGGUGUGAGCCGUCGAGAGCAGGACGAGUACGCCCUGCGGUCCCACACCCUCGCAGACAAGGCCGCCAAGCAGGGAUUGCUGUCUGACAUCAUGCCCGUGUCUGUGCCAGGGGAGUCUGCACCUGUAGCUGCGGACAAUGGUAUCAGAGUGUCGACAUUGGACCAGAUGGCAAAGUUGAAGCCCGCUUUCAUCAAACCCCAUGGGACUGUCACCGCUGCCAACUCCUCAUUUCUGACAGAUGGCGCCUCUGCAGCCCUGAUCAUGUCCGAAGAGAAGGCACUGGCCAUGGGAUUCAAACCCAAGGCCUACCUCCGCAGUUUCGUCUAUGUUGCUCAAGAUCCCAAGGACCAGUUGCUGCUUGGCCCAGCAUAUGCAACACCAGCCGUGCUUGCCAAACAGGGGCUUCAGGUUUCGGACAUCGACGUCUUUGAGUACCACGAGGCGUUUGCUGGACAAAUCCUUGCCAACAUGAAGGCCAUGGACUCGGACUACUUUGGCAAGACGUACAUGGGAAAGCCUGGGAAGGUUGGCUGCCCACCGAUGGAAAAGCUCAAUCUCUGGGGAGGGUCUCUGUCUUUGGGCCACCCGUUUGGAGCCACCGGGAUCCGCCUGGUGACCACCGUGGCAAAUCGCCUCAUCCAUGAGAACAAGCAGUGGGGCCUGACAGCAGCCUGCGCAGCCGGUGGCCAUGGUCAUGCCAUGAUCGUGGAGAGGUAUCCGAACAAAUGAAACAAAAGCCUUUGAAAGAAAAUAUACGUUCCUAAGCAACUUUUCAAGCUGCCAUUAAAUAGUUUGCACUUUUUCAACUUUCUUAUGUGAAUAAACUUGUAUAUAAUGUGA